GGGCGGCGUGGGACCCUGCACCUGGAUGGCUCAAGAAAAGGUGCCCCGGCAAGACCCCACGGCCGGCACAUGACGAUGGAGGAUGAAAGCGGAGAUCUGAUCAAGUGUACCGGAAAGUCUUGCCAAUCAUGCACGGCCGGCUUGAUCGCCGACUGUGUGGCCGUUUGUUGCUGCCCUUGCGCUGUAGUAAACAUCUUGGUUUUCGCAUUCUUGAAAGUCCCGUGGAUGGUUGGGAGGAGAAUCCUGAAACUUGGGAAAAAGAAGCAGCAGGGUCAGGGUGCCGGGAAGUUAGAAAGGAAUGAGAGGCAGAAAUGCGGCGGUGAAAUGACUAAUUACCUCGAGUGCACGAUGGAGUCGGAUGGAAUUUCAAGAAAGUCAAGGGCAGUAGAGCAAGGGGCAUCGGAAUUUGUAUUUUCUGGCUUCGGAGAUGAAGUGCUAAAAGACAAUUUUAGUGCAAGGUUUGAGGCAGAAGAGGUUUGGUUUGAGUUACACCAGUUUGGUCACUUGGGUUUUGGUAGGGUUUCUUUCACCGGAAUUCCUUCCCUCUCUAGGACCAACUAGUAGUCGGUCCUUUUCUUGGUUUUGGGGGAUUAGGGGGGGGGUGAGGUGGACGAACUUAAUUCUGG